CGUCGGGUACCUGCCUUAUACUGUAGAGGGAUGUGUUGCGGGGCAUUGAUUCUCAAGUCGGAGGUGGAUGUCUUCCCACCCAGAAAGCCCCAUUAACUUUCUGCGACAAACUCGAGUAAAAAAGGCUGUGCCGUUCUGUCGCAUUGUUGUAAGACUCAUCGAGCUCGACUUCCUUUUUGGUAGUUACACCCAUUUCUACGAUUCGUCGCGCGAUUCGAACAAAUUUCUUGAAUACCCACGACACUCGACCGGAAAUCCGUCGAUAACCAACUUUUCAACCAAAACCAUCCUAUACCGCCAAAGAUCAAAGACAAAAUGGCAGGCGGUAGUGGCCCGGCUGGUCGUGGACGUGGCGGCAAGUUCAAGAAGUACACUCGUGGAGGUGGCCACCAUUUCUCUCGCGACCUUCGCCCCCUCGACGCCGAUGGCAACGAAGUCGGCAUGUGGGGCGCCGGCGGCGGCAAGAACAGGGAGUCCGAAUCCGAGGAGGAAUCCUCCGAGGAGGAGUCUUCCGAGGACGAGGCUGCCGGCCCCUCUAGCAAGGCCCCCAAGGCUGAGCUGACCCGCGAGGAACUCAAAGCACAAAAGAAGGCGAAGAAGGAGGCAGCCAUCGCGCGCGCCAAGGCCGCCGCGGUGCAGGUUGGCGACUUGCCCCCUAGCGACUCGGAGGAGAGCGAGGAUGACGCCAAUGACGCGCCCAUGCCCGCCAACCCCAACCACUCCAAGGCUGCGCGCAACCAGACCAAGAAGCCCGUCGCCAAGGAGGAAUCGGAUGAUGAGGCUGUCGCUAGCCGCGCCAAGAAGCUUAGCAUAGCGGACUCGGCACCCGGCAACAGGAAGGAGCGUGAGGCGGCUGCGGCGGCUGCGGCGAAGGAGAGGUAUCAGAAGCUUCAUGAGGCUGGCAAGACGGAUCAGGCCAAGGCCGAUCUCGCGAGGUUGAAGCUCAUUCGUGAGAAGAGAGAGCAGGAGGCUGCUAGGAAACAGGCCGAGAAGGAAGAACGCGAAGCCCAGGAGAAGCUCAAGAGGGAACAGUUUGAAGCCAAGGAGGCCAAGAGGCGUGAGGCAGCCCUUGGUCCUCAAAAGAAGGCCAAGAGCAGCAAGAAAUGAAGGCAGUGAGGAUGGUGUUUUCUUUCUCGAUCUCUUCGUCUAUUCCCCGUGUACCGCUGCGAACAUGCAGUGUCAUUUAUUCGAAUUUCUUCCGGUGCCUUUCAUUCGUCCAGCCCUGUAUACCUGUAUAUGCAAUUAUGGUCUAUAUGUUGCUCGUGGACUUUGUCCUUGUUCCCGUCUACUCCGCCGGUAUGCUAUGUAUAUGUCGUUGCCUUUUCCACCCCUCUCUUCCCUCUUUCAAGGUAGGUCAUUAUAGCCCAACUGAGGGAUCCGACCCAACAGCCUCCUUCCAAAACGCGUCAAAGUCCACACCAUUCUCUUUGAACAGAUCCCGAAUUUUCUGCGCCACCUCGAUUUGGCGCUCCUGCGUAAAGCCGCCCUGCUGGGUCUCAAAUUGAAUGACCUCGAUCCAGCGAUAGAAAAGGUUCUCCUUUCCGAUGGCCGUCAGCGCAUCACGGAACGCAAAAACCUGCCUCCUGCGUUCAGCCUCCUGCGCAUUCUCCCCAGACUCAUUCAUAUCAAUCGCAAUCCACCCGAAUUUGUCAUGGUGGCAAAGCACGAGCGUCCUGAACGCGUCCAGGGGAAUCUCUUUCUUAUCCACCAAGGUAGUCGCCUUAACCAUAGCCUUCCAAUCCAAGUCCCAGUCCCCGUUCAUGGUCAAGUAUCCCGUCUUCUCCUGCAGCAGCAUCGGGGAAGUUGCAUUGCGAACCAUGUCCCACAGAAUCGUGCGCGCCUCGUUGCCCUGCGGCUUCUCCGAAAAGAUAUCCACACCAUAAACCUGCGUGUCCCACGACCGCGACCGGCGCACAUAGAUCUCCUUGUCGCGGAACCCAAUGGCCGUCCGCCACAACACGGGACUGCCGUGCUUGCGCCCGAACACGAACUCGAUGGGCCACGGCCAGACGAACACGGCGAGGACAAAAUCGAACAGAAACGUAAGCGUACGCCGGCCGGCCACCGCAAAAAAUUGCCGAUAGGUCAGGUCGGCCAUGCGAAUCGUUGUCGAGUUUUCGUACCCCAGGAACGAGGAAGACAAAAGCGCCACGUAGUAAGGAAUGAUGUACCACAUGCGCCACAGGAAGAGGGCGAAGACGACGGCGUUGAGCAUAAUCGGCACAGAAAAAAUCUUGCGCUUGAAGGAGGCCGGCUUCUGGUCGACAUGCGCGAUGUAGACAUGCUUCUUGGAGAGAGAAGAGGUGAAGGGCUUGAGUGAAUCCGGGGCGAUGCGGAAGGGUUUGGGCGGCUCGAGAGCACCGCCGGAGCUGCUGCUACCGCCGCCGCGUGCUCCUUUGCUCGUUUUCUUUGGCGCCAUGUUUGGCGAC